AUGUUUUUUGCGAUCUUGACGACGCUCGCCCUCGGGGCUCAUGGCUGCACGACGAUCGUCGUCGGGCGAGAGGCCUCCACGACGGGAUCGUCCAUGGUGACGCACGCGGCCGACUGCAGCAGCUGCGACUUCCGCAUCGGGAAGGUACCGCCCAGGACGCAUACUGCCGGCGCCCAGCGGGCCAUUGCGCCGUUCCGUCUCGCCUACCCUCGCUAUGUUGGCGACGAUCGCGGUGACGUGUUUCGCCUGGCCAACGUCGAUACGUCCACCUUCAACUGGACGGCCACGAAGCCGCUGGGGCAGAUCCCACAAGCGCCGACGACGUUGGGCUACAUCUCGGGCGUCUACGGCGUCAUCAACGAGCGCCAGGUUGCGAUCGGUGAAAGUACGUGUGGCGGUCGGCUCGUGAGUCUUCCGAAGUCCAUGCCCGGUGGCAACGCUCUCUUCGACGUCGCUGAGCUCACCAACGUGGCCAUGGAGCGAGCGGGUACGGCUCGCGACGCUAUCUUGCUCAUGGGUGCGCUCGCCGAGACGUACGGGUACUAUGGCGCUGCCUACGACACGCCCAACGCACUCCUCGAGGCUGGCGAAGCAUUGACGGUCGUCGACCCGAACGAAGCAUGGAUCAUGCAUUUGCACCCGGACGACACGGGCGCGUCGGCCGUCUGGGCCGCGCAGCGCCUUCCGAACGACCACAUUGCGGUGGUCGCCAACCAGUUUACGCUGCGGACGCUCAACCUCUCGGACCAAACGUCCUUUCUGGCGUCGACGAAUGUUGAGGACGUUGCGAUCCGCGCCGGCUUGUACGAUCCCUCGGUCGACGGCGAGUUCGACUGGACGGCUGCGUACGCGUACCGUCGUGACGGCUUCAGUGCGCCCAAUCACUACUACGCCACGCGACGCAUGUGGCGCGUCUUGACGCUCGCGAACCCGUCGAUCGAGCUCUCGCCGACGACCGACAUGCUUGCAACCGACUAUCCCGUCUCCGUGCAGGUGGCAGCGCCGCUCUCGCCGUCAACGCUCCUUAGUAUCCAUCGCGAUCACUACGAAGGCACGUCCUUCGACUUGACGUCCGGGCCCAUGGCCGGCCCGUACGGCUCGCCCGAUCGCUACGAUGUCAACGGCAACGGGAACAUGACCAAAGCCGACGCGCUGCGCGGCCACCAAGAGCGCAGCCUCUCGAUCUUCCGCGCCGCCUACUCGUUCGUCGCGGUCUUGGACGCGGCGGACCCGCGCGCUGCCCACAUUUGGUUUGGCCCGUAUGCGCCGCACGCAACCGCGUACGUGCCCGUCUUUGCGUACGCUGACGCCGUGCCAUCGGCGUUGGCGACCGGGUCGCUUCAGGUGUUUUCACCUGACGCCAUGUACUGGAGCGCCGCGCUCGUCGGCAACUGGGCCGGGCGCUUUUACGCCCACGCCAUGCCGUCGGUGGCGGCGGCGCAGGCAAGUAUCGAGACGGCGCUGCGCGCGACGUUGGCACGCGUGGUGACGCGCUUGCAGACGGAGAGCGACGUGCGCGCCUUACUGACCUCGUCGAGCGCGUCGAUGGCGGCGACAACCAUGACGACGUACGCGUCGCUCUUCCAGCGUCUCGUGGUCGAGUUCCACGACGGCUACCACAUGCACGGCCUGCACGCAAUGACGCUGUCGCCCGACUCACUCUUCUACCCCGAGUGGUGGUUGCGCCAAGUCGGGUACUUUGCGCCGCCCGACCACGUCCAAGCUAACGCAAGCCGCUUUGUUUGGCUUCUCGGCUGUCUUUUUGCUGUCCUCGUCACCUUUGGCGUCGUCUGGAUGGGCUUCACCCUCGGCUCCAACCUUCUCAUGCGCCACAGCCAAGGCUACAGCAGCAUUCUCUAGUGCUUCAAAGACGUAAUGUAAUAGCACUGUCGCUAGCCUUCUAGUCAUAGUGCCUAUGGCUCCU